CCCGUUCCAAUAUAUGUAGCUCUGCCCCUGAUAAUCACAAUCAUAUUACCAAAGGCUACAAUUAGUAAAAAAUUUGGGUGCACAGUUAUUUUUAUAUAUCUGUUGUUUCAGGUCCGAUUACACAGAGUUUUGCUGACACUGGAAGAGAAGCAUCUUCCUUAUGACCUAAAGUUAGUUGAUCUCGGUAACAAGCCAGACCGGUUUUUAAGUAUUAGCCCAGAAGGUAAAGUCCCAUUGGCGAAAGUUGAUGACAAAUGGAUAGCAGAUUCCGAUGUUAUUACACAGACAGUAGAGGAAAAGUUCCCCGACCCGUCACUGGUGACCCCACCUGAGAAAGCUUCUGUCGGGUCGAAGAUCUUUUCGACAUAUAUUGGCUUCUUAAAAAGCAAAGAUGCGAAUGAUGGAACAGAGCAAGCUUUACUGAAUGAACUCUCUGCUUUCAAUGAUUACAUCAAAGAAAAUGGUCCGUUUAUCAACAGAAAGGAUAUCUCUGCUGCAGACUUGUCGCUAGGUCCGAAGCUGUACCAUAUGGAGAUCGCUUUGAGUCAUUAUAAGAAGUGGUCAGUCUCAGAUUCACUUCCCCUUCUGAAAAUAUACAUGAAGCCUUAA